GUCAGGACAAAGCCAGACCUCACCAGAACCAGUAUGUGCAGGACGCUGCUCAAAGAAGGCGUUUGCAACAACGAGACUUGUAGAUUUGCUCAUUCCGAGUCCGAACUCCGCUCGACACAUGGCUUUUUCAAGAUGAAGAUGUGUGUGUUUGCCCAAUCAGGCAAGUGCAAAUAUGGAAGCCAGUGCCGCUUUGCGCAUUCCGUGGACGAAUUGCGUCCUGUGCAGCCACCUGCAACGGAUGCGCCGUCCGCUUCCUGUCAAUCCAUCGAGGAGGAGUCUCCUCAAAAAGACCUUUUCUCCUUGACUGCGCGACCAUCGCAGACAUACUCCAGUUCGCAGCAGGAGUCGCAAGCGACUUGUGCCAGCACAACCGCCAACGGCGGAAGCACCAGUGGCCAGUCCAGCAACGAAAAUAGUGGUUCUGCCCCAACACCCCGCGCAGUGGGGGAGGUGGAGCCACAGAGCUCCGAAGCGAGAAGUCGGGCAUCGCUGCCGUGUUCUUCUUGGAACGAACGCAACGAGAGGAACGAGAAUUCCGACGGAAGCUCCUGGGCGUCGGUGAACUCCAGCGUCACCGCGGUGCCAAGGAGUGAGCACACCGGGACGGGCUCCCCACCGGCGACGAGCGACAGCAGCAGCAGCGGUCCAGGGAACGGCCAGGCGGCCAGCUCGACCACGGGUCCACGCACAGGUGCCAGCCCAGAGGCCAAGUCGUCAGCACGUCGGCCGACGAGGAGUUCGGGAAGCGACACUCACAGCGCGAACCCUCAGCAGGUCACAACGCUACUUAUCAGCAACGUUCCGACCUAUUUGACACAAGGUGCUCUACUGUCCAUGUUCGAGGACCUGACGACAACGAUGCGUGGGAACUUCGACUUCUUCUACUGCCCCUGGGACCACAAGGCAGGGCACAACUUCGGAUAUGCCCUGAUCAACUUCGUCGACUCCAGCCGUGCAUGCGAGUUUCAACAAGGAUGGACCGGCAAGGAGCUCUGUCGUUCUGGACGUGCGCACAAGCCACUGAAAGUGGUGAAGGCAUCACUUCAGGGUCUGCAAGCCAACGUUGCCUAUUUUCAGCGAAUCGAAAUUGGUGGGCGCUGUCCGGACGUUCGAUUCCGACCGCUAUAUCGUGAUGAGGAAGGCAGCCUCAAACAUCUGGGCAUUCGCCCAGAAUCCGUGGAAGCGGAGACGCUGGGCCCCUCUGCCGCCUCCGAGGUGGUGGCCGCGGCACCAGAGCUUCCGCAAGAAGAACCCGACACUGGGCAACCUGAAGGAGGAGAUGCUGGGACUGGCGCAUCCGUGGCUGGAGACGGUGGAUCCAGCCUCAGCACCUUGGUACCAGGCUCGGCAUUUUUGCCACCCCAGGAAGAUCAAGAGGUCGACGUGCGGAAUGAAGAACCUCGAAGGCGGGCAAAGUAUAGGAAAAGGCGGCCGGAAUCUGCUGCAUCAUCUGUGGAGGCACAAGUUGAGGCAGAGGCCCACCGGCUGCGCCCGCUGCAGCAGCCUUUGCCACGGCAGCCUGUCUCAGGUGUCGAUCCGCAGGAAUUGCGACAGCUUUCGCUACAGCAGCAGCAGCAGCAGCUCCUGAAGAUCAUGGAGCGGCAUGAGGAGGAGAUAAGGCGAAGGCGCAUGCAGCAGCGCGAGGAGCGGCGUCCCCCCAUGCGAGCCCAGGGCAUCGUGUCCAAAGAUCCCCGGUCGCAGGACAAUGAAUCGGGCAUGUCGCCACAGCUUCAAGUCAUCCAAGCUCAGCAGCUGCAGCUGCUCGCAGCUCAACAGCAGCUGCUCCAGCAGAUGCAGCAGAAGCCCUUUCCGCCGUCUUUGCCAAGCUCCGCAAGCACUUGCUCGACGCUGCCCUUCCCCGACUGUGGGCCUUCUGCCGAUCAGGACUUGACGGCCGCUUUGCCCGUCCGUGGCACAGCGUCAAACCCUGGGCAGUACCUGGUCUCACACGUCCCGUCUGAGCUGCACGAGAGUGCCCAUAUGGCCCUCUACAUGGCAAGCCAAACGAUGCCCUCCAAUCCACAGACUUCGCUGACGAAGACGCUGGGCCAGGUACCCUUGGAUCGGCAAAUCUGCGUCGGAGCUCAAGGUGCGCUGGGAUCCCAGCAAGGAUCCAUGCCGGUGGUCCCUUACAUGAUGCUUCCGGUGCAGGCUUUUCCCAUGCCAGACCGGCCGUACCAGUGCUCAGCAGGCGCAGGCAUGGGCUCUGCGUGUGGGGCAUUGGCACUGAAUGCAGAUGAAGUCUACACGGCCAGUGAUUUGGGGAUUCGAGUAUUUCAAAAGUCUCGAGGUAUCGAGGCUUGCGACUAA